CGUCAACGCACAACGUCUCCUUCUCAGCUCCCCGCGUGUGUUUUUCCUUGAUUUAUUCCAAGGAAUUCUUGCUUUAAUUGCAGGCUUAUUACUCUCGAACUUCUUUUUGUAUCUCUUCCAGUGUUUCUCUGUCGUCUCAGUCACGUUCAUUGAAAUCUCCCCGCAACCGAGUUCAGGCUCCAACGUUCAUUUCAAGCUCAGUUAAUCGAACCAAUUCUUCAAGAUUUCCGGGAUUUCGCUGCUGAGCACAAUGACUCUCUACUACAGUCUCGUCUUCUGCCUCCUGGUAUUUGAGAUGGCCGUCUUCAUGGGCUUGAUCGUCCCUCUUCCCUUCACCAUCAAGCGGAAGUUGUUUACCUUCAUCUCGGAAAGCCCGGUGGUAGCGAAAUUACAAUAUGGAUUAAAGAUAACGUUCAUUUUCAUCCUAAUCCUCUUCAUUGACAGCGUCAAUCGUGUGUACCGCGUGCAGCUCGAAUUGUCGUCUUUCAGCAAAGAGGGUGGUGCUAUGGGAGCCGCCGCUCUCGGAACGGACCGCAUGGAAGUCCAGGCUCGCAAGUUCUACUCCCAGCGUAACAUGUACCUCUGUGGCUUCACGCUUUUCCUCUCCCUGAUCCUCAACCGCACCUACACCAUGAUUCUCGAACUCCUCCGUCUCGAGGACAGGGUCAAGCACCUCCAGGGCGACAAGCAGACUGGCGGCAAGGACUCCGCUCGUCUUGCUAGUGCCGGUGACCUUGGCGAGAUUGGCCGUCUUAAGGAGGAGCUCGCUACCAAGGACCGUGACAUUGAGACCCUCAAGAAGCAGGCUGAUGGAUUGGCUCGUGAGUACCACAACCUGGGCGACAAAGUCUCCGACAAGCCUGAGGGACCUAAGAAGGAUCUGUAAAUUUCAGCGAGUCACUGUUGAAAACUUGGUCAUAGGUUGUGCUAUGAAAUUUACGACGUGACGGUUGGUAUUUCAAAUGCUUCGAAGAAUGUGUGGAUGUGUUUGCAUUUAGCACUAUGGUGAACAUUUGUACAACGGAUCUUCGGCUUUUCGGGCUGCGGGUUGACGGAUGGGUGUUUUAAGGGAUUAUAUUUGCCAGGGUAUACGAACACAAAUACUUCACUUGGCAUAUGGUAUCACUGUGAGCCUUUAUUUCGGUAUGAAAAAAUGUAUUUAUCCUGUUUUAUUUCACUCAAAUUUUACUACGCCAAAUAUGCAAAGCAA